AUGUUUGAUAGGAUCGAGAAAACGCCUCGAGUUGUUCAACACAAUAGGACUGAUAUUCAACGUAAGUUUGAAUCGAAUAAUCAUGAUCAACGUAACGGUACAACUCGUCUCAGAUCGCCUAUUCGUGAUAUUAUUCGUCAAAUGUCGGUAAAGUAUAGUCGUUUAAAAGGUCGUAAAAAUAUUGUAUCAACUGAUAAUCUGCAAACAUGGUGUAAUCAAUAUCUUAAUUAUCUCUCUUCAGAUAAAUUGCAUGACGUAUUUGUACUAUAUUAUGAAGCUAUUGAUAUUAAUCAUAUAUUUAUUUAUAUUACUACACCUAUAUUAUUAUCUACAUGUAAAUAUUCAUCUAUAUUAGCUUUUGUUACAUAUAAAAUAACAUGGAAUGAAUUACCUUUACUCAUUUUUGAAACAUCAGAUUUUAAUCGUCAUUUCCAUCCAUUAGGAUUAUGUUUAAUAUCAACAGAUGGAUUCAGUAAAUACAUUUAA